AUGUGGGAGGAGAUAAAGAAUGCUGAGUGCCGGGCACCUAUAUACAUCCCUGAGACGGGUGAGGGCCAGGCACCAGCGGUGCCACAAGCGGCUUCAAAAGACGGACACCAGGAGACUUCGACGAAGGAGACGACUGCUAGACAGUGGCAGUGGAGGAUGCUGAGAGACCAACAGAGGAACACACCGGCAGAAGGAGACCAGCAGAAGGUGUCGAGCAGGGAAGUCCAGCAGGAGGGAGAGUUGAGCGAGGAGAGACAGCAAGAGCCAGUAUGCAGCGAGUGUGGGUGUUCAGUCAGCAGCGCCACCCUCAGGAGAUAUCAAGAUGCCGUCGAUUUCACGAAGGAGAAACUCAAAUCUAUGAGCGAGGAAGAUCCCAACGUGGAGGAGUGUCUGGAAAUGAUAGAGAGGCAAGGCAGCAUCUUCCAUCCCUUCAACGUGUGGAGAGUUCGAACGCUGGACUUUGCUUUCAACGUGGCUGUCUUCAACGGGUUCUGGAGCCGCGCCCUGGCCUACGGCGAGGAGAAUCUCGAAGGGAUGAGGUACUGCUAUGGCUCCGACCAUCCCACCUUCUGCCUGUUCCUCUUCAAGCUGGGUAGGCCAAGUAUACUCAAGGAGUUCCGAGAAGGUCUUCGUCUGCUGGAGGAAGCUGAGCCUCAGCUUAAAAUUGCCCUGGGACCUGACCACUACAUUCUUGAAGACCUGAAUGUCGUGAGUCUUCUGGCCAAUGAGGACGUAGAGAUCUGCAUGGAGCGCCGUAACGAGGCCUACAGAAGCAGACGAGGUUGAAAUGGAGGCCAAGGACAGAAAGAAGACAGAGAAGA